AUGUCAAUCCACACCAACUUACAAUCCCUCAGCGUUGCACAAAAGAUCGAGAAGGAGUUACAAUUGCAGUUAAACAAGGAUUCUCCUACAUUUGAAGAUAUUCAACACCUUCUCACACAGUUGCGCAUUGCUUGUGAAGCCGUUAUCUUUGGCGACUUUGAAUAUGCUACUAAGCAGCGUGUACAACAUCGUCUUUGGGACUCGCACAGUCUAAUUAAUUCUCGAUACCGAAAGUUCGUAGCUCAUUACCGUUCCGCAGAUCAGAAACGCCGUGCCGUGGAGCGCCGAAAGUUGGAGAAACACUAUGUCGAUUUUCUCAAGGAGAGCCAGUAUUUCUACAAGGGAUAUAUUCAGCGUGUUGCCUCUCACUUUGGCCCUCUUCCUGCGUUGCAACGUAUUGCAAAUCGCCUUUCUCUGAGCUCGCUGUCCGUGGACAAGCCGAUCAAAGUCAGCAAAAGUCUUGAACAUCUUCUUAAGCUGUCCUGUCACUUCACAUUACUCCGCCUCGGAGACUUGAGUAGAUAUCGAAAUGACUUAAGAAUCAAGGAACGCAGCUGGGACCCCGCCCUAGGAUACUAUCAUCUAGCCGAAGCUCUUUAUCCUGAUUCUGGCAACGCCCACAACCAAAUGGCAGUCAUUGCUCUCGCUGAUGGAAGCCAUCUCGACGCCUUGUACCAUCUAUUACGCGCAGUUGCUGUCAAAGAACCACACACAUUGGCUCGUGGAAACCUGGCUAUUGAGUACAAAAAAAUAUCUACCACUUGGGAGAAGGAAAGACAGAGUAAACGUCGCCCAGCACCCGUUGAGUCCGCACUGGUCAUUUGGUUCAAAUCAUUCUAUUUCCUUCUUGGCUUCAACCUGCAGGUAUUCUGCGUUUUGCUACGAGCACUGAUCUCAGAACUUGCCGAUGCAGCUGAAGCCGAAAAUCUGGAGUCUUUGACCGCCACAGAUUCUUCCGGCGAUUCCCUCGAAAAGCUCGGCCCAGUCGCAAUUAGGGUCCUACCCGGUAUUCGUCAAUACUUCGCCUGGGUUAUUUCCCAACGUCUCGUCCUUGUCGGCCUUGGAAACGGAAUUGACCAGGAGUCUACAGGGCGCUUGGUCAGCCAUAUCCAAAAUAUGUGGAAAACGGCCGCAGAGGCACUUUCCGCGCUGGUUAACUUCUUUCCCGUGGCAUCCCUUCCUUAUCUUCCAUAUCUGUUGCCCGAAGACGAACAAACUGUCGGAUUCAAGCCUCUCCGAGACCCGCCUAGUGGUUUGGAAGAGUACAGUCUUUACAAUAAAGAUGAUGGUUUUUUGAAAGCUCGUGUCUCUGAUGGCAUCAUUCGUCAACCUGAUAAUGAGAACUAUUCUCGUAUUCGGGAUAUCUUACGAGCUGGUAUGGCUCUUCACUUUGAAAAACCAUGUCCAAUUAUCAUGACCCGCGAUGGUAGAUUUAUCUAUGGUACCGAAAGCGCUGUGAGCCCCCCGUCGGAUACAUCUGCAAUCCCAAGCCAGCUAGCGGAGCCCACUUACGCUGUGCAGAACUACGCCAAGACCGGUAACGAGAAUCUCGCAGGAUCAGAUUCUCUGGGCAUCAUGGAUACUGAAAUGAACCGCAUGGUGGACGAUUUACUCGAGCCUGCAAGCCUUACUCCUAGUGACGAUACGUCUUAUGGUAUGAGUAGUUCUACUGCAAAUGCAGUAUUUGCGCCCAUUGGCUCCGAGAGAACACGUCUAUCGGCAAGUAACCAUAUUACACCAGGCAAAGCCUUUCCAAGUCUGCCUGGCAUCUGGGGCUCCCCCUUCACACCCAAGCCUCAUGAGCUUCGAACCAUCAGUCCCGAAAAGCCUUCAAGUUCCGGUGGAUUUUCAUCGAUGAAUUACUCAACCAACAGAGAGCAGCUCGCUGCCGCUGCGGCGCUCGAUAACAUGACUAAGAUGCAACCACAGAGCUCAAAUGGUGCUGCAACGUAUACAAGGGGCCAGUUUUCAUCUUUUGAUACGUCCAAGCCUGUUAGUCAGAUGUUGCAGGAGUCUUUGGCCAAGCAAUUUGAAUCUAUGUCACUCUCAUCAUCAGGGUUCUCAACAAACAGCAGCAUCUACGCAAAUAAUUCUCCACCAAAGGCAUACUACGGUAGGACCUUCGGUUGCUCAUCCUUUAAUGGCCAUGAUAGUACUACCUCUCCAAGUGCUAGCGAUUAUGAGCGAACUACAAUGCUACAGAGCUCACUCUGGAACACCCAGACCGAUAAUGGCAACCGUACACCUCCCGCUGGACAAGGGUACCGAGGCUGA